AUGCAGUAUGUGUUUGUGUCUCUCCAGCUUAAUUCGCGUGCUGAGUGUUUUCCAGAGGCCAGGAUUGCUCAAAUCCUAAUACCCGAUGUAUGUGAGGCCAUGAGUCAGCAGAAGAAGGCAGCGGAGAAGGAGGCAGCGGAGAAGGAGGCAGCGGAGAAGGAGGCAGCGGAGAAGGAGGCAGCGGAGAAGGAGGCAGCGGAGAAGGAGGAAGCGGAGAAGAAGGCCAACGAGGGAGAUCCUAUGGCAGAAGAAUCGUUGAAACGUUUGAAGCUAUCUGAGUAA